AUGAAGACCUUUGUUACUGAGGCUCUCCUGCUGCUGCUCCUAGCAGUGCUGGCCCUGGCCAGCCAUCCAGAAGGUUCACAUCUUUUGGGCGUUUUCCAAACUCUCUUCACCCGGCCUGGACAUUCUGAGCCCCUUUUUAUCAGUGCUGGUUUUGUGGAUAAUAUACAGUUUGAGAGGUUCAACAACAGAUCAAAUUUUCCUGGGAUGGAGCACUGCGCACCAUGGAUAGAUCAUCGGAAUCCAGAGUAUUGGAAGGAGCACACACAGAAGGCCCUGAAAGAUAUUCAGUUUUUGAAACAAGCAUUGCAAUUAAUGAUCCACACCUACAACUACAGUGCAAUUGGAUCUCACACAAUCCAGAGGAGGAUUGGCUGCCAUGUCUUGCCUAGAGGGUACUUCAGUCAUGGAUUCUUAGAAUUAGCCUUCAAUGGCCACGAUUACAUCAUGCUGAAUGAGGACCUGAGGACUUGGACCACAGUUGGCAAGGGAGCUGAGAUGCUCAGGAAAAAUUGGGAGAAGUACGGUUUUGCACAAACCAUGAAGACUUAUUUGGAAGUUGCAUGUGUGGACUCAUUUCUCACACAGCUGGCGUAUGGGAAGGAGAUUUUGCUGAGAAUAGAUCCCCCUAAAAUACAAGUGAUCCGCAAGGUCAGACUUAACAGGAAAAUUACCCUGAUGUGCUGGGCCCUGAGUUUCUACCCUCCUGAAAUUACCCUGACCUGGCAGAGAGAUGGAUGCAAUCAGAUCCAGGACAUGGAGGUGGUAGAGACCAGGCCUGCCGGGGAUGGAACUUUCCAGAAAUGGGCAGCUGUGGUGGUUUCUUCUGGGGAAGAGCAAAGAUACACAUGUCAUGUGAAUCAUAAGGGGCUACCUGAGGUCAUCACCAUGAGGUGGGAGCCUCCUGAGCCUAUCAUCCCAAUUAUUACUAUUGUUAUUGCUGUAGUUCUUGGAGCUCUGGUUAUGGGAGCUGUGAUGACUUUUCUGAUAUGGAAGAUGAUUAGAGGUAAGGAAAGGGCAUGGUUUUAG